CUGUUCUGUUUUCCCUCUUGUGAGAGAGACUAAAUCAAGUGUGAUGGCGAACCUAAAGCUUUCUGUUUUCUUCCCCACUGGAACUAAUUGCAUAACAUUCAGUGUUGUGCUUCUACUUCCUUCCUUUACAGCUAGGAAGAUGUAAUGUUACAGCACUAGAUGAAACAAACUCUGUUUGCUGUUAUCCUGUAUUUUGCUUGCUUUGGUCCUGGAGGAAUUCCAAGAAAUCCCUUCCUUCUCUGCUCAGCAGCAGUGGCCGAUCGUACACCCAGAUUUUCAGUUUGUGUGUUCUGUGUGUUUGAGGAAAAGGAAAAUAUCAUCUGACUCUUAUUGCUACUUACAGUGUCGGAUUUGCUUACAACUUUAACAAGGCGUUGAGCUACAUUCACGCUUAUUACCAUCUUUAAGGGAUGCCCUAUUGGGAUACCGCGAAAGAGUUACAUCCCGUAUUCCUGCCGAGGCAUCGCUCCGUGCUUCCAGGCGGCUUCCAGGAGGGAUUCGUCCAACCACCAAUAAUCCAACCGGAGUCAGGCCCAGGGCAGAAAUCUGCGAGCGCAAAAAUCAGAUACCCCUGACUGAGGAGAUAACCCCAACUUGAGCAAGUUCUCCCCGAAAGAACACAAUGGCCACUGUCAAGGACCAGCUGAUCAGCCCCGUUGCGGAGGGAGCCAAGGUCCCCAACAACAAGAUCACGGUUGUGGGGGUUGGCCAGGUUGGGAUGGCCGCUGCUAUCAGCGUCCUUGGAAAGGGUCUUUGUGAUGAGCUUGCUCUGGUUGAUGUUAUGGAAGACAGACUAAAAGGAGAAAUGAUGGACCUGCAGCAUGGGAGUGUGUUCCUUCACACUCACAAGAUCGUGGCUGACAAAGACUAUGCUGUCACUGCCAACUCCAAGAUUGUGGUGCUGACUGCAGGAGUCCGUCAGCAGGAGGGAGAGAGUCGGCUCAACCUGGUGCAGAGGAAUGUGAAUGUCUUCAAAAACAUCGUUCCUCAGGUUGUCAAGUACAGCCCCAACUGCAUCAUCCUGGUGGUUUCCAACCCAGUGGAUAUAUUAACCUACAUCACAUGGAAGCUGAGUGGGCUGCCAAAAAACCGUGUGAUUGGAAGUGGCUGCAAUCUGGACACGGCCAGAUUCCGUUAUCUGAUGUCUGAGAGACUUGGGAUCCAUCCAAGCAGCUGCCAUGGCUGGAUCUUGGGAGAGCAUGGUGAUUCCAGUGUGGCUGUUUGGAGUGGAAUGAACGUGGCAGGGGUUUCCCUCCAGGAGCUGAACCCUGCCAUGGGAACUGACAAAGAUCCUGAGAACUGGAAGGAGAUCCACAAGCAAGUGGUUGCAAGUGCCUACGAGGUGAUCAAACUAAAGGGAUACACAAACUGGGCUAUUGGCUUUAGUGUGGCUGACCUCUGUGAGACCAUCCUGAAGAACCUGUACCGGGUUCAUUCAGUUGCAACUCUGGUAAAGGGCAUGUAUGGCAUUCAGAAUGAAGUCUUCUUGAGCCUUCCUUCUGUCCUAAGUGCCUCUGGCCUGACAAGUGUCAUCAACCAAAAGCUGAAGGAUGAUGAGGUGAGCCAGCUGAGGAAGAGCGCGGACACACUGUGGGACGUCCAGAAGGAUAUCAAGGAUCUGUAACUUGUGAAUGUUAAAUUCCAGCAAUCGAAAAACAGCAUAUUGUUUGCAGAUGGGGGCUCUACUCAGUGUGUAUCUCAAUGGUCAACAUGAAAUAUUCUUCCAGACUUUUGUCCAUGGUAGCUGAGCUUAUGCUUGCUGUAACGCACAAACCUUGCAAACAAAUAAAGCAAUUUUCAGGCGUC